AUGAAAAGUUCAAAAUGCUUUGAAAAAGGUAAUCCCCUGCUUCUUUCUGGGGCGAUUUUGGCGAUCCCGUUUUGCUUCAUUAUUUGUCGUUGUUGCUGCUUGCUUUUGUCUCCUAAUCUGCUGUUGCUUGAGAUUUUCUCUGUUUUGGUCGUAAGGGUAACUUACGUUGGAUGUACCUGUGCAUCAACCUUCAUUGGAAGUAAAGGGAUGGUAGGAACCAAUGAAAAAUCAGUUCAACUGAAAGUAUUUAUUGACAAAAACAAGAACAAGGUGAUGUUUGCAGAAGCAGAAGAAGACUUUGUGGAAACCCUCUUUAGUUUUUUCACUUUGCCUCUGGGAACAAUUGCAAAACUCUUGAGAAAGCAAGCAGACUUGAAGUAUACAAAAGUUGGAAGUCUGACUUCUCUCUAUGAAAGUGUGGUUAAUUUAAAUCCAAAAUAUUUCUCUAACGAGGAGUCUAAGGAUGUCUUUGUUAAUACAAGAAAUUCAUCAACUUAUUUUUGCGAGAGGCUUAAAAUAAAUUUAGAUCCAACGAAGCCCAAGUUUUUUAGUUAUCAAGGCGACACAGUGUUUGUCAAAAAGAAGGCUAAUUUCAUCAUUACUGACGAUCUAAAUGUAGCGCCUCUCAUGCUUGAUACAGGCAUCAUGUUCCUUAAGUCCCUUGGUGUCGAAAACAUUAAUUUGCUAGAAGAGCGAACUAUAUAUUUCGGUGUAGAAGAGUUCUUGAACCUCCUCAAGUGGUCAUUAUUUACGAAAAAUCCUUUGUCAAAUAUUGUGCUUGGGGGAAGUAAUUCAGCAUUGAUUUCGAGUAACACUACCAAGACUAAGACAGUGAAAUCACUAGUACAAGAAUCAAACAAGAAGAUAAUAUAUGCACAAGUCAAGAAGUUUUUCGUGGAACUUUUUUUCUGCAUAUUGUCCAUUGUGUUAUGUGCUUUCACACGUUUAACAAAGGACAAUUCAUCUCCAGUGGGUAAACGUGAUUCAGAUUUGUUUUUGGGUAACUCUGGUCAGACCCGGACAGUGAAAUUACUUAUACAGAAAUCAAAGAACAAGCUAUUGUGUGCACAAGUUGAGAAUCCUUUUGUGGAACUGCUUUUGAGCUUCCUAACAAUCCCAUUGGGUACUUACAUACGUUUAAUGAAGGAAAAGUCAUCUCCAUUGGGUAUAUAUAAUUUGUACAAUAGUAUUGCAUGUUUGGCAGAUGGAAAAUAUUUGAAAAGUGAAGAUUUGAAGACCAAGUUACUUUGUCCAGAGCGUGCUAUUGAUUAUUUCCAUUUAAACCACUGUCUAGUGUUAGACUAA